UGCUGCUGUUUUCUCAUUGUUCUAUCGCCCGCUUUUUCUUUAGUUCCCCGUUGUGGGUGCCAUAAUGCCUGCGAUGGUCAUCUUCAUGACCAUCGUGGUCGGCGCGCCGGCUGCCCCUCGUGACCAGGUGCGAGCGCGGUGCUCGAGCGACUAGUGCGAGCGGUUGACCAGUAUCGUCUCGCCAUUCUCUUCCCGGUUCGUGCUCCGUUCGACAAACAGCUACCGAAAGUCGUGCCUACUUUGGGUCGGUCUCGGGCUCUUCAUUGUACGAGAAGGUCAAGACAAGGCGAUCGACCGGUAAGGACGUCAUCAGGAUAGGUGAACGACGAUGGCCACCGACCAGGCAGGGAAUGCCGGAAAAGCAAACGAAAGACCACCAACUGCAGCUGCCGUGCCGUUUCCCACCGGAGCACCGGCCCCCACGUCAUUACGAGGUUCGGCGCCACCAAUCGCUGCAGCGUCAAAACGCGAUGCCCUUGCUCCCAUUGCCUGUGCGGCGCCGCCUGCGGAAGUGCGUGGACCAAAGGCUCCGGCGGUCGCCGCGCCGCUAACGCCAAAGAGCGCUGUGCUAGCUGGCGCUGUGCCGUCUGCUAGAGCGCAUUGGCCGGCUGCGGCAGCGCGGAAGCCGAAACGUGGCAUGCCAGUUCCAGCGAUCGUUUCGAUGUCAGCGCUGAGCCCGCCGAGUCCGCUGGGUCCAGCUAUCAUAGCAGCACCGUCGAUGACGCGCGGACCACUGGUGUUUCGGACGAAGAAAGACCAGGCCAUCCAAGCGCCGAUUCGGCCACCGGUCUCUCCGGGGCCCGCACACGGCCCAAACGAGGGGGUCGCUCCUCUUAUGCCACCGGCGGGCCAGCAGGCCAGGGGGAACCAAUUGCCGCCAGUGUCAGCAUCGCCAUUCCUGCGACCUAUGACCAUCGGUCCCGGGGGCACUCCCGAGCUCGUAGCCUUCCCGCCCAGCUGGCGUUGCCGGCAGGCGCGCGCCGAGCCUGAGGCGGCGUUAGCAGCCCAGGACGUUCAAGCCGCUCCGGAGCAGAAGGGACUUUAUCCGCUUAUGGAGCUUGCCGACGACGACGACGACAGCCUGACGAGUCGUCCCGGCACCCCUCAAGAAGCGCCGCCCGAGAGAGAGGAUCAGCAGUGCGGCUUCUUCUGGUUCCGGCCGCCUUUCCUGCGCGUCUUCCGCACUCCCGCCUGGGUGCUCCUAAGCCUGUGCUCGAUCGAGUUCACCCAGAGUUUCGUCAGCAGCGGCGUGCUCAGCGUGGUGCUGCCCACCAUAGAGCGGCGCUUCAACCUGAGCAGCCUCGAGACCGGCAUGAUCCUGAGCGCAUUCAACGUGAUCAACUGCUUGUUCAUCGUGCCUGUGGCCUUUCUGGGGAGCACGCGCCACAAGCCAGUCAUUAUAUCGUCCGGCAUGGCGAUCAUGGCGGCCGGCUCGUUUAUGUUCUUCCUGGCCUACGCGCUCGCACCUUCCUACGCCUACGGCGCCGAAAUGCCGGACCUGUGCUACGCGACGCCCCCGCCUCUGAACCAGACAGUGGACACGUGCGGCGAGCAGAGCAUUCGCGACUUCCGCUUCCUGCUCAUUCUCGGCAGCAUGCUGCAGGGCGCGGGCGUGACGCCGCUCCACACGCUGGGCAUGUCCUUCCUGGACGAGAACUUGCCCGUGAGGCUCACCUCCAUCUUCAUCGGAACGUACAGUGCCAUGGCCGUGCUGGGACCCGCCUUUGGCUUUCUCGUUGCCGGAUACUUUCUAUCUGUGUUCGUCGACUUGAAAGACGUCAGCCAGUAAGUAUACAGUGGCACGCUCUUCACCCUUCUAAGCCCUAAAUCUCUCCUGGAACAUAUUUUGGAAGUCGUAGAAACUCUACCGCACGCUUGUCGCACGUAAAUGGUUCAGACAUGGCAAGUACGGAGGGCUCGAAACACUCAUUAUUUUCAUUAUUAUUUUCAUUUUAUAUUAAAGUGCACGGAGGGUCUCAAAACACCGGACCUGGCGUCAUCGACAUUAUUGUCACGUAAUGGCGGAACCAAAAUUGUGUAGCAAUAAGACUAUGUAGGAUGAUGUUGCUUGUUUAAAAAAAAAAAAAAAAAAAAAAAAGCUCAGCGUGCGUUUUUUGAAUGCGAUCGCGUGUGGUGUAGACGCAGUGACCACAUCAACGGAGUGAGUCAAUGCGUCGUGACGUCAUGACGCUCCCACCUCCUGAAUGCAGAUACCCAAAUCGUGGUUCGUCCUAACAAGUAUUACUAAACAAUUAAUUGUGCGCUAGCGCUUGCCAGCAUUUUUUCUAAUGUUUAGGCGGUUUGAGCAUUCAUUUAACGAAAAAAA